AUGGCCAGUUUGUUAAACCGAGGUGAGUGUUAGAUAUAGAUUAGGCUCUGCCUUCUGCCACUUUGAUCCAUGCAGGGCCUCUCAUUUGAUCUUUCCACAGACUGUUCAGCCAUAUACCAAGUAUUUGUUUCCUCACUCUGCAUAAUGUUACCAGAUCUUUUCAUAUGUACAUUUAAACUGGGUACAUUUCAUCUUCUCUUUUAUUACCACAUGUUUCUGAUUUCAUGCAAAAUGUAUGUUUUUACUUCUUUCCUAAAAUAUGAUAUUCAACCAGCAAGAUUACUUUAAUGUUCCCGCUAAAUGUGCCUGCCGUUUUUUUUUCUUUCUUUAAUUUAACAAUUGUAUGAAGUGUGAAAAGCCUUUGACCAUUUUGGUGAAAGACCUGAUGAGCAGGAAAUGGAAAACCUCUGCCAAGUGAGCAUGAAAAAACAAAAGUAAGGAGUAUUUCUUUCCCUCAUCACCACCACCUCCACAUAGGAGGAAGGGAACACAUGACUGGACUUCAGAGAGUGAAGAAGAACUCAAGAAAAUAUACUACAAUUUCUUCAGCAGGAUAGCUUUACAUAAUAAAAUACCCACUGAUGCACAGGCCAACAUAACAUAAACAAACUUUAAGGGCUGUAUCCAACUUAGGAUUGCUCAAGAGUAGAAUCAUAGAAUCAUAGAGUUGGAAGAGACCACAAGGGCCAUCGAGUCCAACCCCCUGCCAAGCAGGAAACACCAUCAGAGCACUCCUGACAUAUGGUUGUCAAGCCUCUGAUAUUAGAACCUGAUAGUAGAACCACUGAUAUUAAGUUAGCCAUGUUUAUUAACUUCAGUGGGUCUACUCUGGUUGUGACUAAUGUUAGAUGCAGCCCAAAAUGUAUUUUACCCUUUGAGCAAGAAACUAUAGCAUGAUCAGACUGGAGAAAGCGUCAUGAUUUAUUUACUUUCUUCCCCCGAGGAGCUGAAAGUUCCUUAUUUAUGGUUCACAGGCAGUCUCCCAUCCUGAGAGCUUGUAGGACUAGAUCUGGUUUGUUUUAGCAGUAGAAGCACGUCAUGUUCCUUCAGACUAUUCUCUGCUUUAGAAAACAGGGCAGGAGACAAUGGUAUAGAUGGGGAAGUGUGGGAAUUUUGAAGUCACUUGACUGCAUCAAGUUACAGGCUAGUUCCAAAUCACACAGGUAAUAUGAUGUUGACUCCCUCAAGUAAGGGAUCUGAACAGCAAUGUCCUAGAGCAUACCUGGCAUCAGUGUAGCACAGAGUAGACAUGGAGUAAUAACAGUCAUGGACAUUGAAUAAGACAUAUUUCAGUCAGGAAAAAAGAUACAUGGAUAGAAACAGGAUGAUAAGAGGAAUGGGUAAGCAUGAAGAUAAGAUUGAUGGAUGAUGAAACACUGCAAAAAUCCAAAAGGGCCACAUCUACACAAUGAAUCUCCUACAUUGAUAUUGUUGAGAGUUUGGGGGAUUCCAUUGUUGAAGGAACCAGGCAAGUUUCUUGGUGAGUUAAUGGCCCUAACUAUGGGUUGUUAUUAGUAUAGAAAAGGAAGUUGCUUUGUGCCAGAGGGGAAAUGGGUGGGUCCUCUCCCUCACCUGGAUGGUAGAGAGAAAAACAAAAGGCUCUGUGUGUGAGAGAGAGAGUGGGGGCUUUUAUUUUUCUCACUACCAUCCAGGUGAGGGAGAGGGCCUGUCCAUCAUAGGCUCAGGUUAUAUAUGUGUGUAUAUAAACCAUAUAUCAUAAAGACACCACGGUCUCUGCUGUCCCCCAUUCACCUAGCAACAGACUAGCAGAAACAGGAGAUCAUUCUGAAUGGGCAGGGAGGAAAACAGAGCUAAAGGAUGGAAUGGAGAUAUCCAGAAAAGCACAGGGCCUAGAAGGAAGACUUAUCUUGCCAUCUGUCACAAAUUAUUUAAUGGGUAAAUUAUUUAAUGGGAUGAAUGGGCGAGUCUCUAUUCUGUUUUUUAAAGAACCCCUGUUCACAUUUUUAAUAGAAAAGAAAAUAUAUUUGUCUCUUUAUAAGGUAAGCAGUAUUAACAUCACUAGUAUGCAAGAUUAAUGUUGCUUAUGGAAGAAAGAGGUUCACAAUCAAAUCACAGGUUUGCUGCUGUGCAAUUCUAAGGCAUUAGCUUUGCUUACAAGACAAUAGGUUUAAUCUCCAUAUUCCAUACAUUCUCAUUAUACAUCUUCUGUCAGCAAAAUUAAAUUAGACAACCUCACUAUUUGCAUCAUCUCGGUAUUAAUGCUAUUUAGAAUAUAAAGUGUUCCUUUACUUUGUGCUUAUGUUCCUUAUCACAAAUCAUUUUGCUCUGGAAGGAUAAUAUUACAGUUCAUAUAUGGUAACAGUACUAUUGCUUUUUAAUAUUUUCUAAUACAAAAUGCUGUUUUAAUAUCUCAUAUUUUCCCUUUUAUUUACAAGCAAGUAUUCCAUCCUUGCUGAAUGUAUGAAAGGUAAGCAGGCUGCUCUAUAAUCAUAGAAUCAUAGAGUUGGAAGGGACCCUGUGGAUCAUCUAGUCCAACUCCCUGCAAUGCAGGAAUAUUUCGCUGGAUCAAACCUGCGACCUUGGUGUUAUCAGCAUCAUGCUCUAACCAAUUGAGCCAUCCAGCUUAGGCAAAACUCAAAUUAAACCAAUGGCUUCCACAAGGAAAGCAGGCAAAACUUUUUCUAUUUUCACUUUAUCUAUUUUAAGGUAGCUGCUAUGUAUUGUAAGCAAUUUACUGUCUGUCCAGGUUAACUGUUUUUGCUUAAACUUUGAGAAGCAGAUUAAGAAAGACACAUAACAAAAGUGUCAGAAAGAGUAUGUGCCAUCGAAGAGUUAGAGGACACACCAAGACAGGUAGCUAGAAGCUAAGUUGAUUGCCUCUCUUUAAAGAGAAGCGCAUAGCAAACCCCUCAUUCUAUGCAGUUAAAACUAAGCCCCAUACCACCUUGUGAGUAAACCAUAUAAUGACACUAUCUGUAUAUCAGUCAUACCUGACACAGUCCAAUUCCUCAUCAGAUGAAGUCUGAAGACAUUAUGGGUCUCCUGACUACCCUAUACACCUAAAGCAUCUUCAGAGAAGUGAUGUCAAAGUUUCUAACUCACCUGCAGCAGCUGCCUUGCCUGUAGCAUAAAAGAAGGUUUAACUACCUCCCAGGCACAGGAAAUGCCGAGCAUUAGAGGAUGCAGGCACAGGCAGCCACCCAUCAAGAGAACACAUGCUUCUAAGAUCAGAAGAACCAGAAUUAGGGACCUCCUCAGGAAAAAAAAAAGGAUGUCUCAGAAGCAGGGACCCUUGAAGGAUGAGCUAACCUGCUGCAGCUGUGCAGACAACAUAAGCUCCCAACUGAAGACUUAGUUGCUGGAACAAUGCAGCUCUUUAGCAACACAGCUUCUUGAGCCAUCUCCCCACUCUGACUGGACCCAAGGCUGGCCCAAGACCUUUUGGCACCUGAGGUAAACCACAAAAUGGUGGAAAGAAGGAGUGAGUGAAGAUCUACAUUGGGAACAAGGGGGACUAAAUAUCUAUAUUGAGAACAAGGAUGGUGGGGUCGAAACAACAAUAAUAAUAAAAUUAUAAUAAUUUACUAUUUAUACCCCGCCCAUUUGGCUGGGUUUCCCCAGCCACUCUGGGCGGCUUCCAACCAAAUAUUAAAAUACAGUAAAACAACCUUGCCCAAUGGUUGAAGUGGGAAUCAAAAGCCAUUGUGGUGGGAGAAAGGGCCCACCCUGAAUUACAUCAAGUGGGUGCAAUGCCCAAGAGACCCCAGAGGACAGCCCCCAUCAUUUCAUCCGGGGGGGGGGGGAGACCAGCAGCAGCUCCUUUUUGCUGAGAGACCACUGUAGAGGCAGUAUGAUGGGGGCUGCCAACGAGGUGGCAGAUCUAGCCUCCAUGGAGUACACUGCAGCUGGCGCUGUCAUUGCAGCAGUGGCAGGCAGUGCUUUCCUUGGAGGCCGGCUUUUCUGCCCUUGUGGAUCCUGGUGCCCAAGGCAGUUGCCUCACCUUGCCUCAUGAGUGGGCUGACCCUACCUCAACUCCCUGCAAAGACUUUGCUGAGAAGCAUUCAGCCUGCUCUUCGACUGCUUUGCUGUAUUUGACCCUGUCUUUGUUUCAUUACCUUGCUACAAGAGCAAGCCUGCACUUGAUAGGUCUUUCUGUGAUUGCCUUCAGCUUCUUCUAUAGACCCUGUUUUUCCAGAUUACCCUGAUACCUGACUGGCCAUUUCCUUUCCUUAGGCUUAGUUUCAGAGAUCAACGCAGGACAGCACUUUGGUUACACUGUACCACCUGCGUCUUACAAAACAGAACCCAUGGGCAUCUGUUGGAAUUUUCCCCUCAAUGCUAAUUGCCAUGUGGGGGGAUUUUGACUGAUAUGAAGGUUGGUGAGUGAAGGCUUAAACCUGUAAGAAAAACACUGGGGCCUAAUUUGAUCAGCAGAAUGUUUGUUAUCUGGUGGGCGGGGCUUGUUUGUUACGCUCCGGAAUCAGCCCCUCCCUUCAGUGUGUUCCGUUAAGUUUCAGUUAAGAGGGACCAACUGUCUCUUCUUCUUCUCUUGCCUCAGACUUGCCUCACGCUGUUGUAUUUAGUUUCUCUCAUUAUGUUAUUUUGUUACCGUUUUCUUUAUUACUAAAGCUUAGUUUACAUUUAUGUGAAUCACUUAUAUUUCUAAAAAGAAAGAAAGAAACUCUGCUGAGGAAAGUUGUGGAAUGUCCUAAAUAUGAGUAAUAUUAGUUUACAUUUAUGUGAGCCACUUAUAUUUCUAAAAAGAAAGAAAGAAACUCUGCUGAGGAAAGUUGUGGAAUGUCCUAAAUAUGAGUAAGGGCAUGGGUCGGCAAGCUAAGGCCCGGGGGCUGGAUCCGGCCCAAUUGCCUUCUGGAUCCAGCCCAUGGAUGGUCCGGAAAUCGCCACGUUGAUCAGCGUGGGGAUUUUGAUUGUUUGGGCUGCACCAUUCCCCCCCCACACACACAUACACACACAUCACGGUGGCACCUCCUCUCUCCCUGCUCCUGGCUUCUCCUGCCCUGCCUAGAGGAGGAAGGGGGCUGGGCUUUGUUGACUGAGCGCCUUUUUAAGCAGCCCCUCUCCAGAGCCAGCCCUUUCAUGCCGCUCAAGGUCCCUCCGCCACCGCCAGCUCCUGCCACUCGCAAGGCACAGGUAAGCAGCCACUGGGGCUCGUCCGGUGCUGUGGAGAAGGGAGGGGAGAGUUGGUGGGGGGGAUUCCCCUCCCAAAAAUAUAGUCCAGCCCCCCACAAGGUCUGAGGGACAGUGGACCAGCCCCCUGUGGAAAAAGUUUGCUGACCCCUGAGUAAGGGGAUAUUCCCUGUUUGCCAGGAGGAUUGAUUUUGCUAAUCACUCCCCACCCCCACCUCCACAACAAGUUUCACCGAUAUGAAGUUUCGUGAGUGAAGGCUUAAACCUGCCCUUCCUGCACGCUGUGUUUGAGGAUAAUCACUCACAACAUGCUUUGUAUUUAAAGCAUCAUGGUACCUGGGGUUAAGUACUUAAUUCGUUCCGGAGGUCCGUUCUUAACCUGAAACUGUUCUUAACCUGAAGCACUACUUUAGCUAAUGGGGCCUCCCGCUGCCGCUGCGCCGCCAGAACACGAUUUCUCUUUUCAUCCUGAAGCAAAGUUCUUAACCUGCAGCACUAUUUCUGGGUUAGCGGAGUCUGUAACUUGAAGCGUAUGUAACCUGAAGCGUAUGUAACCUGAGGUACCACUAUAUUUACUAGGUCCUUAGCCCCCUCUCUACACCUUUUGCUUUGCAGGGUAUUACUUUUUGGUGCAGUGUUACUAGGCACUGUAAAUGGGCUGUGUGCACAAUUUUGGCAGGCUUACGCUUGUUCCUGUAUUCUGCUGCUGUGCAACAGAAUCACUGGGUGAUCUUGGUCCAGCUAUCAGGAUAAUCAACCUGGGGUGGGUAUGUCCAGUGAAUUCCUUGAAGGUAUUAUUUGGCCAUAUUUGACUAGAUUUUAGACCAGAGGUAGCCAACGUAGUGCCCUCCAAAUGUUUUGAACUACAAUUCCCAUCAUCCCUGACCAUUGGCCCUGCUCAUUUGGGCUGAUUGGGAGCUGGGUCUCAGGUUCCCCAUCCCGGCCCUGUGCAUUUGGUUCACAGUACAGGAUACAUUCUCCUCUUCUGUUCCUCUUCACGAUACAGUUAUUUGGAAGUGUGCUCCAAUGCUUAACAGUUUUACUGAAGGAGAUGAGACAGCAUACACUUCAGAAAGAAAGAAAACAUACACAAAGAAACAUUUAAAGCUUGGCAGGCAAGGCUGAAGUCAGGAGACAGAUAUUUCUUAGUUCACUUUUCUCUCUUAGAUAAGCAGGCACACAUUCCCAAGAAUUUCAUAAAAUCAUUUGCAGUUCUACACAUGCACGUACAAGUGCCGAGCUGUUUUACAAGAUACACAGAAAUUCUUACUCACCCACAUAUCUUUCUGAUGACAGAAUCCAGUCACCACUUUGGAUCUUCAAGAAGUUAUUUAUUAUAUAAACUGGGAGAAUAGAGAGGAUACCUGGAACUCUUGGAUUAUAAGCUUAGAACCAGGUUCUAGCUAUAAAACAAAAUACCCAACUUUGUAAUCUGUUGUUGUUGUCUUUUGUUUGUCCUUACAAUGAUAUCAUAAAGAAGGUCACUGCUAUUCCCAUUUUACAGAUAAUAUCAGAGACUGGUGUAGUUUCUUCAAGACUUCUUUCAGCACAACCCUAUCCAUGUCUAGACAGAAGUCCUAUUAAGUUAAAUUGGCCUCACACUCAAUGAAAUGUGUAUAUUAUUAUUAUUAUUAUUAUUAUUAGCCUUCCACACCUCAAAGCAGGGUACAAUUAAAACAUUUUUUAUAACCACAAACGUAAAUAUGUUUAAAAAACAAAAUAAACACCCAUGGCAGAAACUCAUUCAUUCAGCUAGGAAAGGCUAUUGAAACAAAAAUGUAUUCAGUUGUGUUUGGAAACUGCCAAUAAUAGGCAUGCCUCAUAUCUCAUAGAUGGGGGACUACGAGCGAGGCGGGAGCCGCUUUGUCACGUUCCUGGUGCUAUUUGCCCCACGCUCCUGGCUGCAUACUGAAUAAUUUUUGUAAGGUCUCGAAUAUAAGUCGCACUCACGGUUGGAAUUUGGAGGGAAAGUGUGGCUUAUAUUCAGGCCAAUACGAUAAUGGUUUUUCAUCAGGUAGGGGCUUUAGAUAGCCAUAUGUAUGACUUCUGACUUCAUUUGUAAAGCCCACAAUUAACAUUCCUCUUCUCCCCCUCUUACCACCAUUCCAUGCUACCCAACUGCUCCAACAUUCCUUAAAUCAUAGCACCAUCAUGACUACUGGAAUAAAAUGGAGUUUGCUUCUGCUGCACAUGUACUGGGGAAUAAGCACCAUUUUGUUCUUUUAAAAAGGGAUAAUCUAUUUAAAGUCUCUGUAACCAUGUACAUGCCUGGCUGGUUGCCUUAUAAAAUAUUUUUAAAACUUAAGAAGGAAGGAAGGAAGCUGCAGUGACCAGCAUCAGUCCCAGUGGGCCCCAGAAUGCUAAUUCAGGUGUUGCCGUGGGCCCUGUGCACUGCACUCUACAAGGUUAUUUGGGGGCACCUAGUGUUCUGGGGGCUGUGGAAUUUGGCUCUGGGGCUCAGCCCUAGUUGCACCUCUGCCUGGGGUGUUUCUAUACCCUUGGGACUGUAGCCUGGCAUGUUAAUUCUAAAAAAAUCGGUUGUAAAUGGAAGCAUUUUCAAUUAAAUAAUAUAUUUGUUUUAUUUUCAAGUAAUAGUAUGCGUGUACAGCAGAAUCACUGUGUGAGAGACGGUUCCCAAAGUCAUUUAUGGGUAUAAAAGAAACAAUUAACUUUCAAGAAGCUACAGUAGGGAGGAGCUAAUCACAUUUACGUACAUCUUAUAGACAUUAGAAAAUUGCUGUUGUUUCACUGCAUCCUUGAAGUGAGUUGAAUGCCUAAGAGAUAGCAAAGGCUUAAAUGCCCAUGUUUUAACUGUAAAACAACAAAACAAACACCCUGGUAUCAUUCCCUGUUGGUAUGAAGCAGAGAUUUCCUACAUCCUACAGAAAGUAGCUAGAUUGGCAGGGAAGAAUCUGAUGCAAUGUAUCUCAUCUUCAAGGUGAGGGACAGGUCAUUUUGCUAUGCAUAUUUAUGCAUUAAUAUGCAGAAAAGUGGCUUGGAGGGUUUUUUAUAGAUAUCUUAAUUCUGCUGAUGCAAAAAGAGAAGGAAUUUACAGGUGUCACUUUGGAACACAGACUACUGAUAAACAACUUGCCAUUUUGCAGUGUCUGGUCACAUUUGUAGUCUUUUGGGAUGCAAAAGGACUGGAAGGAUUAUUGCACAAUUUAAAGGCACUUCUGUCAUUUUAACUUUUAUUUUAAAGCUAAAUUAGUAGAUUUCUUUUUUGUUUGGUUUUCUGCAUUGCUUCUGUUAAACAUUUAGCUUAGCCUAAAUUCAGCCGCAAAAACAAGACAGAAAGAAGGAAACAUGCAGCACUUGUCAGAAAACUUUUUUAGUUUGACCUUAUGUGGAGGCAGGCUAGCAUAAAGCUAUGGACAAGUGGAUUGUGAUUUAUUAAUAUUAGCAUCUGUAGACACUUCACACAUUUAAUGCUUUGAUCUGAUCCAUCAGCAGCACUAAAUUGUCAUGUAAUUGUUUAAUUGGUCAAAAUAUACACCAUGAUACAUAGACUAUGGUAUGCAUGAAGUGCAUGAAUGUUUAGUCCUGGUGAAUAAACACUUUUCUAUUAGGACAAAUUAAAAUAUACACAAAGACCAGAACAGGGAGUAAUCAAAACAGUUUAAUAUUGCAUUCUUUUGUGGUCGUGCAGCAUCUAUGCUUCAGCUGAUAUAAAAAUGUUCUGUUGAAUUUUAUAUAGCUCUACAGUUUGUCAAGGUAUGGUAAUGUUCCUGUAGAAAUAAAUGGUCGUUUGUUUGUAUUUAAUUUUCAUAUUAGUUGUGGGAAGUGUGCUACACACACACACACACACACACACACACACACACAAGAAAAUAAAAGGAUUUGAUUUUUAUAUACCUCAUAUUACAGCUGAGCAGUCACACAGCUAGAGUUAAGGAUAUGAGAAGUAUUUCUGAAAUCCUUGCAGAAUUUCCAUCAGGUCACUGUAGUAAUAAUUAUGCAUGUAUGCAGUUAAUGUUCCCUGACUGCUUCUGAUCCUCUGUGUCUGUUCCCUUUCUGUGCUCUCCUGUUGAGAUCAUACAGUCUGAAUCUAACAUACUGUAAACUGGUCAGAACUCAAAACCCUGGCAAAUUAUAUGCCUUGCCUGUGGAACAGAACACUCUCUAUCCCCAUACAACAGCAAAGAAAGUAUAACACACGAGACAUUUAUUGUGUAAUUGAAUGUAUAUUCUUCACAUUAGAAAAUGUCUGGAAGAGCCUUAGUUAUAUUCCCUGCUGUUGUCCAGAAAUUAUUUCCUCUUAUAUCAAGAAGUACAUUUCUCCUGAGAAUUUAAUUUCAAGUAAGUGGGCCAGGGUGGGGGUGGGGUGAACAGAAACUCACAUCCAUGUAAAUGAGAUAAGGAUGACUUCCCCUUUCUUCCUCUUUUAAAACUAGCUGAUCAUGUUUGCAGGAAACAAUGCAAAAGCUACCCCAUUCUUUUUUUAAAAAAAGAAAGAAAGCAAACAAAAAAUGUGUUUUAGGCAAUUAUGGAAAACUGUUAUAAUAGUGUUAGAAAAAUGGACAGGUUGUGAGCUUGCUGAGUAGUCCCGACCUUAAUCUUGAACUGUUGCUCACAUUCAUGUCUCUGUAAACAUGAACUGCUGUGCUGCAAAAUGCUCCAGCCACCCUGCCUUUUUCUUGCUCUUGCUGAAGGCACCUGACUUCUAGCUGAAAACCUUCAGUCCUGCUUCCAUCUGCAUUGCACAAUUCCCAUUGUAUCAAGAGACCUUGGGCUACAACAACGGAUCACAAAGGGGUGGGUGGCUAAGCCUGCCCAAGGCAAAGGCCUUGCACAGGUGCUAUUAUGGCAGAAAAUAUUCAGGCAUCAGUUUCAAAAACUAGACUGUUUGAUAUAGAAAUUCUGUUACUUUCCAGAUACACUAAAACUCUUUCAAAUAUACACAGUGAAUGGCUCUAGCUUUCCUGCUGCUGGUUUUUAAACACCUUCCCCCCUUUUCUUGUUUGCUAACUUUUAUAUGAUAUAAUGGGGCCUGAUUACCAUGCUCUUUCAUUGUUUUCUCCUGCCCAUUUUUUACUCCAAAAAACAGUGAAGAAAUGUCUCAUUUUCCUUUUAAAAAGCCAAAUCCCAUGUUUUGCAGCUAACAGCAGAUUCAGACAGCUACAGCUUAUCUUCUUCUACCUUGGGACAACUAGUCUCGGUCAACACACAUGGAUGGAAGAUAUCUGAUAUUGGUAUCAUCCGGGACUGCAAUAUGUUACAGUGAAAAAUAACCAUUAGAAUUCACCUUCAGUUUGAUUUCCAGCUGCUAAGCCCUGCUCCUGUUGCAGCCACAUUCACUUCAGUGAUGUUUGUCAUUCGGGCAACAUUCAAUGGGUUUUUGACUGGAACAUGCCUAAGGCACAAAACAGUGUCUUUAAACAAACAGCAUCUUCAUCGCUUUCUAGCCUGAUAUACCUGCCCCAUCUGUGUUUUGCUGCUGUUCUUAAACAUUUAUUCGGUACCGGGAGUCUGCAAGUCUCUGUACUGCACCCUGCUUGCAAUCUAAACAACACAGGCAGGAAAAGAAAGGCCCAUGUUGGAUAAAAAGUAGCAAGUACAGGAAGAGAAAGUUUGACUGGUAUGUGUCUGACGGAUGACUCUAUGACAGGGAUGGCCAACGUAGUGCCCUCCAGAUGUUAUUUGACUACAACUCCCAUCACCCCUGACCAUUGGUCAUGAUGCCUGGGGCUGAUUGGAGUUGUACAUCGAUAACUUCCGGAAGGCAGCACAUUUGAUGUAUUCUCCCCAUCCCCUGCCUCUGUACCCAGUUACUCAAUUUUUUUCUUUUUCUUUUUCUUUUUUGCCACUGCAGACUGUAACACCUGGAAGUUAUCAAUGGCUAGCCUUGAGAAGUGAAAGGUAAGCUGCUAUUCAUAGAAGCCACAGUGACAGUUAUUUAAAAUAAAGAGACUAUUCCUUCUGUUCUCCCCCCACGCUCAGAACUCCCAUUGUUUUCAAUGACAAUCUUGCUAGCAUAUGGAUGGAAAAGAGGGUCAACCCAAUAUUCUUAAUAGCAGUUGGCACUUCUGAGCUCGCUGCAGGCAGUGACUAAUCCAAGCAGGGUGACAUCAUUUUGGGACUCUGGCAGUUUGUGCUGUCUGAGAAAGAUGCUGCUUUUAAACCAGCUUCUGUGCUGUUUAAAUAACUGAUCAACUGUUCAAAAAAGGAUUUAUGGAAACACUCAGGUGCAAACAUUCAGGUGCUAGUCUUAUAGAAAGUAGAUCCGUUUAAAUCAUCUAAGUCAUGUCUAUGAAUUUCAAAGGGUCUACCCCGAGUAGCGUUAAAAUUGGCUAUAAUCCACAUUCUUUUCUGCUGUUGGUGAGUGGCUUCCAUUUGGCUUUUCUGCAAAAGAGGCAGACAUAUACACCAAAGAUUCUCAUUCUGAUCCAUUCGCCAUCAGUUUUACUCCACAUUCCACCCAUCUCACCUCACCUCACCUAUUUUUAAAGUUUGGCCUGUAGAUUUAGAUUAGUAAAUAUAUGUUUGUCCAUGUAUUUUGUCUUAAGAAGCACAAUAGUAGUGUUUUUUUUAAAAGAUAUAGCACUACAUCAGCAAUGAAAGGGAGAUGGUUUUGUGAUGUCACAGGACCAAUCAGUGCUGUCCAUAACUGACUUCUGCUGAAAGCUGGCAAACAAGUUUUUGAUGAGCUUCACCUUAGCUGUACUGUAUUGUAAGUCACUUUGAGUUGUCAUAGAAAAAAGCAACUAAUACAUUUAAUAAAUAGUAAUAAUAAUAUUAGAGAUAAAAAUAUUCAUCUGACACAAAGAAUAUUUUGGCAUCAUCAGCUGGUAUAAAUAUUAUCAGAUAUGCAACUUUCUCCUGGUUUUGGCAACAUCAGUGAGGGAGGCACCAAACCUUUCCUUUGAACCUUCCAGAUGUCUUGGCUGUCAGUGUCACCCAAGGUGCUUAUUUGUCCUGGAACCUGAGUACCUGAAAGUAAGUCAUUAUUAUGUAUUUUUUGUUUUUAUGUUAUGAACCACCCUGUGAUCUUCAGCUGAAAGGCAGUAUACAUACAUACAAUAGAGCCAGUGUGGUGUAGUGGUUAAGAGCGGUAGUCUCGUAAUCUGGGGAACCGGGUUCGAGUCUCCACUCCUCCACAUGCAGCUGCUGGGUGACCUUGGGCCAGUCACACUUCUUUGAAGUCUCUCAGCCCCACUCACCUCACAGAGUGUUUGUUGUGGGGAGGAAGGGAAAGGAGAAUGUUAGCCGCUUUGAGACUCCUUAAAGGGAGUGAAAGGCGGGAUAUCAAAUCCAAACUCCUCUUCUUCUUCUUCUUCUUCUUCAAUAGCGUAGGGCUGAGUGAUCAUCUCUGGCUGGUCUACAGUCUACGACUCAUUAGGACCAUGCAACUUCCAUUGCAUGGGUGUAAUUAAUAUGCACUUUUUUGUUAUGUAAGUACAUCGGAAGCUGCCUUAAACUGAAUCAGAUCACUGGUCUAUCUAACUCAGCACUAUCUACACUCAAUGGCAUUGGCUCUUCAGGGAUUUAUGCAGGGGUCUUUCCCAAACCUACUUGGAGAUGCCAGGGAUUGAACCUGGGACCUUCUGCAAGCAAAGGAGAUGCUCUGCCAUCGAGCUACAUCAGGGGUCAGCAAACUUACAGCGCCUUGGGCCAGUGCCUCCAGCGCCGAUCGCGCGGCGGGCCAGAGGGCGGGGAGCACGUGCCCAUACGCGUGCACACACGCUAUUUCCAGCACACUUCCAGGUCAGAGGAGCGCAUGUGCAUGGGCUUCCUCCAAUCUGGAUGUGCACUGGAAAUAACGCGCAUGUGCAAAUAACGCUUGUGCAUGCGCAUAAACUAUUUCCGGUGCUCCUCCGACCCGGAAGUGGGCAGUUGUGCAGCACAGCGCUGGUAUGAGCGGGUGGCGGCAGCAGGCGCCACCACAGGCCGGAUAAACAAGUCCUUUGGGCCUUAUCCGGCCGGUGGGCCUUAGUUUGGGGACUCCUGAGCUACAUAGUUGCUAAGAGGAAGCCUCUGCAAUGUUGAGAUGGAGAGACAAUAGCAUCAAUGAAAAUUCUGUCUUCACACCAGUGGAAAUUCCCUUGAAAUGCAAAUAGCAGCUUUAGAGAGAACAUUUUUGUUUGGGCCAUGGCAAGAAAAGGGAGACCAUUAUUAACAGAACAAAAAACACACACAUUGAUGGCACUCGCACAAUUAAUAUUUCAUCUAAACUGGCUAUAACAAAUUAUUGGGGUGUAAACUUUCAUAGGCAAGGACAGUGAACAGUGAAGAGAUUGCAAUUUAAGUGCUUAACCUUACCUUUUUUCCUGCCAUUUUUCAACUGGUAGACCUAGUAACUGAUGCUGUUUUCAAGUGGGAUUCCAUCACAUGCUAGCAAAUUCAGUUUGUGUAAUAAAAGUUCUUCUGGUGCUCUUUCCCAACAAACCCCCUCCCCUUCCAGAUGUUCUGUUUAUUGAGCAUUCAACCUGAUUUGUUUGCAGGGAGGUUAUAUGAAAUUGCAUCAAGCAAUUGUUACCCCCCUCCAAAUGCAUUGUAAAAAGGACUCCUCUUUGUACCCUUUGCUCUCCACCUUGUGUAUUUUGCUGCCCUAAAUUGAACAUGCCUACUUGGAAAUAGGCCCCAGUGAUUUCAGUUGAGGUUGCUUUCAACUAAAUAUUGUUGAAGAUUUACGGUACAUACUGUGGAUGCAAUCUGGAGAAAAGUAAGCGUGCUUGAAAAGUCUCAGUGAAUUAAUAUGGAAAUAACCACCCAGGUCCCACAUAUUUCAAUGGAUUUAGGUAAAGGUAAAGGGACCCCUGAUCAUUAGGUCCAGUCACAGACGACUCUGGGGUUGCGGCGCUCAACUUGCUUUACUGGCUGAAGGAGCCGGCGUACAGCUUCUGGGUCAUGUGGCCAGCAUGAUUAAGCCGCUUCUGGCGAACCAGAGCAGCACACGUUUACCUUCCUGCCGGAGCAGUACCUAUUUAUCUACUUGCACUUUGACAUGCUUUCGAACUGCUAGGUUGGCAGGAGCAGGGACCGAGCAACGGGAGCUCACCCCAUCGCAGGGAUUCAAAACCACUGACCUUCUAAUCGGCAAGCCCUAGGCUCUGUGGUUUAACCCACAGUGCCACCUGCAUCCCAUUUCAAUGGAUUUAGAUAUCCCUAAAUUUCCAUGGAUUAUAUUUUAUGUGUUUCUUGCUGCUGCUGUGAAAAUCUCCUUGCACCCAUCAACUACAAUGUUUGUUUGUUUUUAGCAUACCUUAUAUGUAUUGAUUAAAACUGAUAGCGUGAACAGGAUGCCAACUGGGUGUAAUGAGGGCAAUACAUAAAAAGGAAACGGUGUCCUUUGAGAUUCUCAAAUCUGACAAAAAUCCUACUCUCAUUUGCAUUGCCUGAGUUUCAGUAAGAAAGUAAAUUAUUAGAUUGUACUCCUUUUCUACUCAACAAACCUCACAAAAGUAAUAGCAGUUUAUAAAAUAUUUUGCCAAAGGCUUUUAAAAUGCAGAAUAAUUCUCCACUCAUAAUUGGGUAAACUUUGCUAAAAAUAGUUAAACUAUAGAUGAAAACUGUUGUACCAUGGAUGCUUUAAGAUGUUUAACUCAGGCAUCAAUGCAUUUAAGUGGAAGUUGUCUCUGUUGACUCCCAGCAGAAUUUGCUUCCAGGAGAAAAAAAGAGAAGACCUUCAAAUAGAUUGAAUAUGGCCCUGAGAUGAUGUUAUUAUGCCAAUGAAGGAAGGCUACAAAGUUUGGGUUGUUAUUUUUAAGUCAUGAUUUUUCCCACUUAUAAUAUAUCAAGCUAGUUUUCAAUCCAAAUCAAAAUGUUACUUGUUUAACCAAACUGAGUCCCCUCCCCACCAAGUAGGAGACUAAAUAUAAAAUGUUUUGCUGCAAUUCAGAGUUAUUGCUUCCAUUGUCAUCAUGUGCUAAUUUUUGCAAUUUCAUAUGUUUAAAAUAGCAAUCGGGUUUCUCUGACACUUUAUCCUUUAUAAACCCCACAAUAUUAAUUUAUCCACUUCUGGAGGAUGAAAAGUGGGUCAGUCCUGUAGACAGCUCAUCAGCGUUAUCCAAACACGUUUGCACAACAGAAUGGACUGGAGGUCUUGUGAGAAUAAACAGCUUUGUGUCAUUUAUUUACUUUUCUAAUGGAACAGGACAGGAAGAAAUGGUUUCUGUUCAGGAUUUCAGCUUUUCUACACUGGGCCCUCAAUGGCAGGGCAGAUGGGGGGAUAGGGACAUGCAUAAGAUUUUUCAGCUAUUCAUUAAGAGUUAAGCCAAGUUCUUCCGUCCCCACAAAAGUCUGGAUUUGGUUAAAGCUUGGUAAAGCAAACUACAUUCACAACAACUGAAUUUUCUUAAAGUGACCCCCCUUAAAUGACAGUAAUAGAAAAUAAUUUCCUGGCCAGAAUUUAACUAGCUUCACAUGACUUUGGCUGUGCAGACACAACAUUUUGUUCUAGAAUCAAUGGAGUAUGACUACUCCCCCCCCCCAUGUAGUCCACACAAAAUCUAAAUUUACUGCAUCUUUUUUGCCCCUGAAAAGCACUUCUUGAGAAAAUGGUUUCAUUCCAAAAAUAAAAACUCGUUGCAGAUUGAGUCUGCAUUACUCUGCAGUGUGUCCAUUUGAAAACAGAUGUUAAGUGGCCCUGGCAAUUGGGGCCAGGUGUAUCCACACAAACUCAGUGAUGCUGAGGGAGUGAGUGUACACCAAGAUUACAAUUCACACUUCCUUCUUCAUGUAUGGGGACAAAACAGCAUGAAUAACCUAAUAAAGGGGAGGUUUUUUUUCAAAUGUGUAUCAAGUAACCAUACACCCCUUUGUGGAUGGCAAGAUCUAGAAGCAAUCUAGAUUGAAAGCAUUCUGAGAACUAGCAUGAACAGUUCCAUACUGGCAGGAAAAAACCCUACAUUUUUCUGUUGCAAACAGAUUAGAGUGUACAUAGUCUUUAUCUGAGGCCUCCUUCAGGGUCUCCCUCACUCUUACCCCCAAGAUUCGCAUGGUCAAGCUGAGUAUUACUCAAGGACAAGUUACUGAACCACUCAGUGUAUCAGGUAAUAUGGAAGAAGGGUGAGGACAUUAUGACCUGAAAUGGAAGGGUGAGAUGCUUAAAGGCCAGCUCACAUGACCACCUGGCUGCUCACAAAAGCCCAACCCCUUUGGAGUUAAAAUUUUGGGAUGUUUCUGAAUCCCUAACUUUUAAAAAAAAUUGAUUAGGCUUGCUUUAAUUGUUAUGCUGCAGUACACUCCCAGUACCUUUUCCAGAAGAUAGAGAAGGAACCAGUAAAUAAAAUGACAUAUUAAUUAUUUUUAAGACUUCAGCAUUUCAGAGAAAAUAGAGCUAAAAUCCUGGAAAACACAGGUUUUUCUAUGGUAUGGUGGUAUAACGAGUAAUACAAAAGUAUUAUCAAUAUUAGAGGAUGAAGCAAGAGUCACCUUAAAGAAAACCAUAGUGAGCUCAUGCACUCCAAUUAGAUCUUCUCUUUUGCCCAUCAUAGCUAAUGAAGCUAUGACAUAACCGCUCUAUAAAUUUUGGACAAACACUGAUUUUAGCCAGCAAUAUCUGGACUUCAACAUUGGCUUUUUAAAAAAAUAAAUAAAUCUGGAUUUAGUUUACAAAUCAACAUCUUUAUCUCCCAGCACCUCAGUUAAACACACUCACAGCAGGAAGAUGAGCUUCACAAGUAUGGACAAACUGCACAAAGCAUAUUGCAUUACACAGCCUCUAGAGAUCACUCUAUCAAUAUAGGAGAAUCCAAGCAACUAGGUGCAUGGUGACUCCUUUAUCUGGAAAAGCAUCUGCAUAGAUUGUGCUGCAUGUUGAGGAAUGUCCCUAAAGACAAACAUGCUUUCUAAUCAAUACAGCUUGCACAUACUGUAUUAUUGUCAGGGAUUUUGAGACUCACAGGAUCUCAAGCUGCAUCCUAGCCCAAGCUCUGCUAAUCUUGUGCCUCAGAACCCUCCUCCAGGUGUUGAAGGGAACAGGGAUGUUCAAGAUUAGUUAUUGCACCUGAUAGGCAGUACAAAGUCUCUCUGGUUUGGUCAGGCCUGGUAAAAAUAGAAGGAAUCUGGCCUCCUGGCUUUGUCUGGCCAACAAAGCAGCACCUUUGGCUUGUUGAAUGUCAAGAUCACACUUCUCCCUUCAGAUACUGACUAUAAAGAAUAUAUCAGAUUUCAGCACAGCCAUCCAAUAUUACAGCUUGGCCUUGGCACUUUUAUGGUUACAGACUGCUUGAAUACAGUCAGUACAGGGCUCUGGACAACCCAGCUUCAUGAACUGCUGGAGCUCAAAAUAGGAAACUUUAGGUCUCAUGUUGAUGAGCUACUGAAUUGCAUGUUGCAGCUUCUACCCAGGCAAUUUAGGAUCCUUGGACCCACUCUGACUGACUUUAGGAUCCACCUGGACAAGGAGGAGUAUAAAAGGGUUUCCUGUUCUGGUGAAGCUUUGCUUGGUCAACAAGUUCUUCCUGUAUUAUGUGGCAUUCCUGUAUCCUUUGACUGUCCUUUAGCCCUGAAUUCUGGGCUGCUUUUCUUGAUCCUGCCUCCUGUUUCGUCCUUUGGUUCUGAUUUACUUUUCAGUCUUGGUUACUGGCUCCAUCCCACACAGCUACUGGUUCCUGGCUCCCCUCAGACUGCUGCCUACAACCCAGCCCUGACAAUGACAGAGGGCUACCCACUGAUUUCCCUUUAUAGCACAUCAGAGAGUGAGCAAGCUCUCAGCCGGAGGAAACAAUGUCAGGACGAUUGGGGUCUGUGAUGUCUAUAGCAGAGCUCUCAGCAGAGUGAUGGGCAGGGUAUGAGAAACUGAGGAGUGCUUGCAUAUAGAAGUCUUUUGUGUAGUGGUUUGCAAGCUAAAAUCUAAUUUUGGAAGUAAAGCACACUAGAGACAGGAAAAUACAAAUAAUAAAAAAACAAAGUUGAACACGAAUCUAAUUUAGGGAUCUUAAAAGUCUCCUGUCUGGAGAACCGGCAACUCUUUUACAUUCGUGAAUAUUAUAAUAUAUAUUAUUACAUAUACAGACUGUUCUGUACCAACCUGUGAACUCCAAGCCAUCUUUCACAAGGCUGGUAAUAAAUGCAUGCACAAGAUCAUACUGCUUUAUAUCAACCAGAACCAUACCUUAUAACAAUUUAUACAGAACAGAAGCUGUUCUCUUAACAGUGAUAUGGUGCCCCAUUAACCACAUUUGUAAGUUCAAGGGGGGGGGAGAGUUAAUUAACUAUUAGCUAAUUUGCAUUUAGUAGCAUUUAAUAUGCACCUAUUGACUUUUUCCUAACAAUGUUAAAAACCUUCAUUUCCCCACCAUGAUAGUGUUCAGGACAUUGUUCACAGGAGUCAAUAUAUGAUUUUCACAAUGCAGAUCUCAAUCAUUGUUGCCCACUGGAUGCAUAUUAGGUGCAAUUAGACUAAUUGUGCAUUCUGUUCCCCAUUCAUACAACACAGACAUCUCAGUAAGCAAUAUAAUGCAGAUUGGAAUAAUUGUUGCAUAUCACAGAAAUAAUUAUCCCAAUUACACAGAAGCCUGAGCACCCAGUCAUUGCUUUUUUGUGUGGGUCUGAUGACAACAAUCUCAACCCUGAUGCUGUGUCCAGUAUACUGACCCAUAAAAAUGAAUAUCUGACUUUUGCAUAGAGAGGGGGCAGUCAAAAAUAGUCAUAGGAUUGUUAGGAUUUGCUAAUAACAACAUCUUCUGUAAUGAAGAGCUGCAAAUUUCUUUUACUGCUAUCUCUUUCUAGUUGCAUAAAAAUUUAUCCACUAGAGAUAUUUGCUGAAAAUAUUGCAACAAGCUCCAGGUAAAAAGAAGCAAAGUAUGCAACUUUAAAUCAUUUGGUACAUAAAUAAAAAUAUACAUUAAUGUAUCAUUUGUUUAUUAAAAGGUCCUUAGAAACAUGUGUCAAGCAGUACAGACUUUCUGCAACAUUUUGUUCAAAUCUUCUCACAGCAGGCAGCUUACUCAGUCUGAAAAUUAAUUUGAAGAAACAUGACUGACCACUGAGUAAUUUUAGCAAUAGUUUUUGCUGAACCUUUUGUGGUAAACAAUGUUGUUAGCUGAGCAGAAGAGUGACUAGACUUCAAAAUGAAUAGGCCUACAGGCAAGUACUGAAAUACUUCAUAGCCCAAUAGUAUGCUAGAGAUUCUUUUAUUAUGAGUAAAGCACAUUAAAUUCCUAGGCAGUCACCACACUAAAACACACACACAAGCAGAGAAUGAAUCCACAUUUAAUUCUUUACUUCAGAUCCUGGAAACUAGGAGUAUGCUUCCGAAAUCUGCCCUACAAAAUAUUUUAUAAAUCAAAUUGUGUUUUCAUACAGUGAAAACCAAAGUAUAUUGUUAUGGGUGGCAUGUAACAAUAUUUCUAAAUAAGAGAGUCUAUGUUUGAGUCUAUGUUAGGGCUGUCUUUAGCAACAGUCACCCCCCACCCCAAUACAUGCACCCCACAACCCUUUGCAUAGUGUUUUUGCUACAGCACCAAAUUGAAAAGACUUCCCAUUUCCUAAAACCUUAUUGGAUCACAGAUGUUUCUACUAUUCAAGAACUCUGGAAUCCAGCAGAUUACAAGGUUUCAGCUCUCUUGGCUCAGUUUUCAGGGUCAGCUCCAGAGGGUGGCAGGACUGGACAUUUCCCAGGGUCCCAAAACAAACAGAGGGCCCAGCAACCUAAAUGUGAUAUCACUUCCACUUUUCACAAAUUAUCCAAUGAGAUCAGCUAAGGAAAUUCUAAGCUUGCAUGGCCCUCCUCUUCUAGGUUAGAGAGACUCACGGAAGGUUCCUCCUAAAUCCUGGAACCAGAGUUGUCUGUAUGCCUGCAAGUUUGCCUGCUGGUCAUCCCAGCUACAAAUGGGUAUAUAGGAAACCAAUCCAGCCCCACCCAUUGUUCCACCCUUCUCAGUGUUCAGCUCUUCCUUUCUGUUUUACCCGCUAUCAGCUUUUCUGGGAAAAUGCCAAGCUUCUCCUCCCCCUCCUUUUCCCCUCCUACUUCGGGAAGACAGCCUGUCACGCAAGCUCCUGCCUUCCCCUCUCUUGUCUCUCCAACUGCCAGUGUGCAUCACAGACUGUUUCCCCUUCCACCUCCUUAUUGCACUUCCACUCCCAAGUUAGUUUAAACAUUCUUUGCCCCUGAGUAUUGAAGUUUUUGCUGUCCUAAAACCUCCCUGGUAUGUCAUGGGGAAAUGGCUAACAAUUAUUAUCAUGAGGGAGAUAUUUAUCUAAUGAUUUUAUUGUCUGGCUUUGGAAUAAUGGUCAAGUGUCGCUGUUAACACAACCUGUUAAAAUACAGUUGCUUGGGAACCUGCUCUGCACCCACAUAUUUGCUGCAGAUUCACCUCCCUGCUUUGAGAUAUUGUUAAAAUGCUCCAUUCUUGGAAUAUUGUGUACAGUUCUGGUCACCCCUGUCUCAGAAAGGAUAUUGAAGAGCUGGAAAAAGUAAAGAACGAUUAUUGAAAGACUGGAACAACAUUCUUGUGAGGACGACAACUUAACUUGGCUUUUUAGUUUAGUAAAAAAGGUAACUAAGGGAGGGACAUCAUAGAGGCCCAUAAAAUUAUGAAUGACAUGGACAAAAUGGAUAGAAAUCUUUAUAGAAUUCAGGGUUCAGGAUCACCUAAUGUAAUUAAUUGACAGUAGACUCAAGUCAAACAAAAGUACUUUCUCCACUGCUAUGCAAUGUGGUAAUAACCACUAGCUUAGAGGGGUUUUUUAAAGACAUGUAGAGAAAAUUUAAUGGAAAAUAAGUCUGUUAAAGGUUCUUAGGCCUCUCUCACAAUGGGUAUUCACUGUGUAAGAGCCACAGUUCUUCACUCACUUUUAAAUAUCAUAACUGCUUUCCCCAUAGCCACAGCCUUGGAUUCCAGGAGAAAUCAAGCAUGGCUCUUUCUCUCAGCUGCCUAGCCUGUAGCAUGCUUCUAGCUUCUAGCUCAAACACACCACUCUGGACUUGAGGGAGGGGGCCCACCCAUUUGCUUUCUGGUACAGAGCCUAUAAGGGAUGCGGGUGGUGCUGUGGUUUAAACCACAGAGCCUAGGACUUGCCGAUCAGAAGGUCGGUGGUUCGAAUCCCCGCGACGGUGUGAGCUGCCGUUGUUUGGUCCCUGCUCCUGCCAACCUAGCAGUUCAAAAGCACAUCAAAGUGCAAGUAGAUAAACAUGUACCGCUCUUGCGGGAAGGUAAACCCUGUUUCCGUGUGCUGCUCUGGUUCGCCAGAAGCGGCUUAGUCAUGCUGGCCACAUGACCCAGAAGCUGUACGCCGGCUCCCUCGGCCAAUAAAGCGCGAUGAGUGCCGCAACCCCAGAGUUGGUCACAACUGGACCUAAUGGUCAGGGGUCCCUUUGCCUUUACAGAGCCUAUACAUAACAACCCAUACUUAGGGGGCCAUUAUGGCUUUUGCCUGGUUAAUUCAGCAGUUGAAUCCAGGAAUUGGAAAAGACUCAGACAUACAGCCCAACCUCCUCCACAAACUCACAAUAAUAUUGUUUUCAUGCCCUGUCCGUGAGCCUUUCAUUUGCCCCAGUGGGAAGCAGGAUGCUAGACUAGAUGGACUUUUGGUCUGAUCUUGCAGGCUCAUAAGAAGUUCUGAAAAGAGUCUGUUGCCCUGGCACUGCAGAUCUGAAAGGAAGAACCUACUGGCAUCUGCCAGGACAGCUGGGGGUCUGCACAACCUGCUUUCCAAAAAGAACAGCAUAGCAAGGGGCCAAUCUGGCCCUAUGCAUCAGCCAGGGAAUGUGCAGCUGUUCCAGCGCUUGCUUUCCUCUUCCCUCAUCAUUUCUUCUUCCUUUUGAAUCUAUUUGAUUGUGAGCCUGCAGGCAGGGUUAUCCUUUAGUAUCUCUACAGUACUUAGAAAAAUGACAGCUGCUAAGUGAUGAUAAUGAAGGUACUGACUUGUCACAGAGCUGAAAAAAGUUCAGUAGCGCCAGGCUCUGACUAGAUCAUUUGGAUUUUUAGGAAAUCCAAAUUCUCUGCAUGGAGACUGCUCUUAUGGCAACAGACUCCAGUAUUACUUUGACAGUCUAAGGAAAGUGGUCAGAGGGUCAGACAUUCCGUUAGGUUUGCUUCAUGAUACCCUCUCCUCUCUUCUGGCAAACAGCCUCUCUAACCUUCAGAAGGGCAUAUGUGCACAGAAGCAUGCAACGCUAUAAUCCAGCACACGUUAUAUCUGCUUUCAAAAAUCCAGAAUUUCCCCUUGAGAGAGAAAAGUACAGGGAAUGGGAAAAUACAUAUGGUAGAAAAUGUAUCAUCAAAAUAUGCCUGAAAGGGAGAAAUGAGAUAAACAGCUCUUUAAAUCAAUCAAUUAAACAGUGAACAUUUUUUCUUUGUUCAUAACAGAGCUAACAGUGCCUUUCGUAUUAUUGUAAUCUUUAAUAUGGACAAUUUAAAAGGCCGUAUUUGCAUUGGAAGUGGUUAACCACAGUCAUGCUGAAUCAAACCGAGAGCUGUUUUAAAGGACACGCAGCUAUCAUGGGGAAAAACUGUAUGUGGAUAACCACAUUGAGCAGUUGGCAUUGUUUCCAGUAACAACACCACAAAAACUCCUAUGAUGAAUUUCUCCUUUUAAGCAGAGUUGGGGGAAAUUCUGCAUGGUGCAAAUGCAGCAAACUUGCUAAAGGUAAGCUUGUCUAGGUCUGAUCAGUGCUUGGAUGAGAGACUGCCUGGUACCCCUCUCUUUGCUGCCGACAGGAGUAUCAUGAAACAAAAGUGGAAUAUAGGGUGUAAUAUAAUAAGUUAAUAAAUAUGCCAUGCUCAGUGGAGAUCCAGAACGUUACAGGUUAGCUUCUUGACUGCAUAAUGUGUCCUUUUUUUCACCAAAUGGGGAACAUUCACAGUUAAUAGUUCAUCACAAUUUAUCUCAGCUCUAAUUAUUCCUCUCCACACACUUCCUUGCAAGUCAACAGCCAUCAUCUAGCACUUCACACACAAGAGGAUAGACUGGUGGAGUGACUCAGCAAGGAAGACAAAAGCCACAUUGGUGGUAUUCCCUCCCAGCACUACAGCAAAGUGUCUUGAUGAGGUAUUGCUGCUCCAAGGCAGUGGGCAGCUGCAACUGCAGGAGCACUGAUAGCCACAGUAGAUGUUAUGGGUUAGAUUUUAGCAGUGGCGCGACGCAGUUAUAUUGGCAGCAGGCCCCUGGUGCCUGGCCUUAUGCUGUGCUGGCAUCUGUGAUCCUCAUGGGAUGUCAGUGUUACCUUCUGAUCAUGCCAGAUGGCUGAAUUGUACAUGAAGGGCAGUUCAGUGAUUCAUCUCCUUAAAAAAUAAUAAUGAAAAGCUGCCAUGAAGGGCUGAAAUUUGGGGCAGUGGAGGAAAUGGACUAGUAAAUAUCUUCCUGUUAUUUGACUGCUCAAACUUGACCCCAUUAGAUGCUUCUGUCUUGCAUGGAGGACAAGGCUAUCAGUGUCUACAAGCCGCGAUGACGGUGUUGGAGGCAAUAUGCUUCUGAAUGCUAGUUGCAAGGAAUCAAAAAUAUGGAGAGUGUUGUUGCGCUCAUGUCUUGCUUGUGGUCUUCCCAUAGGCAUCUGGUUUGCCACUGAGAGAAAAGGAUACUGAAAUAGAUAGGCCCGGUCUGAUCAACCAGGGCAUUUUUUUAUGAUGGAGAAGAUAUGAGUUCACAUCUUUUUCUCCACAGAUGGAAAAACAGUUGGGGCAUGGAAGAGGCCAACUUUCAGAAGACAAAUGGCCAGGAAACAGUUAA